AUGGAGUUACAUGUUCAAUUAAAACAUAGUACUGACUGUUUCGUUUCACUUCCACCUAAAAUAGUACAUUCACUGUUAUUAUUAUCAGAAAAACAAUCAAAAUCAUUAGGUACAUUAGGAUUAGAAAUAACAUGGUAUGAUAAAAUUAAUAAAAAAGAGAAUAAAGGAUAUGUUGGAUGGGCAGGUGGAUCAACAGAUCCAAGAUUCACAGAUUCAAUAGAGAUGAGUCAAGAGAUGGCACAAUGUUUAGGUGGUAUAAAGAAUGAGCAAAAAUUAAAACUAAAAGCAUUAAAUAAUAUUGAAUUAGCUCAUUCAGUUCAAGUUGAACCAUUAACAUCAGAUGAUUGGGAAAUUAUGGAAGUUCAUCAACAAUACCUAGAAGAACAAUUACUUAAUCAAGUUAAUAUUUUAUAUAGUGGUCAAAUCGUACCAAUUUGGAUUCAUCAUAAAACUAUAAUUAAAUUAAAAGUUACUGAAACUUUACCAACACCAGUAGUUAAAUUAUCUUCAAAUUCUGAAAUUAUAGUUGCACCAAAACCUAGAAAUUUACCAACAACAACAACAUCAUCACAACAACAACAAAUUUCAAAAGAAACUUUAAAACCAAGAUUUUUACAAAUUAAAGAUUUUAAAAUAGAUUAUAAUAAUAAUAAUACAUUUAUAAAUGAAAUUUAUAUAAAUAAAGAGUUAUUAAACCAAUUUCAAUGGAAUAUUGGUGAUAUUAUAGAAAUUUCAAAAGUUUCAAAAAAUAAUAAUAAAAAUAAUAAAAAAGAAAAGAAUAAUAAUGGUGGUGAUGAAGAAGAAGAUGAUGAUGAUAAUGAAGAGUUUGACGAUGAUGAUGAUGAUGAUAAUAAUAAUAAUGAAGAUGAUACAAGUAAAUUACAAAAACAAUUAGAUAAUAAAAAUAAUAAUAAUAAGAAGAAUAAGAAGAAUAAUAAAACAAUUUAUGCAAGAGUAUUUAUAAAUGAUAAAUCAAAUAAUCAACAAGUAUUAAUUCAUAGAAAUAUUAGAACUAUUGGUAAUUUCUAUAUAAAUACAAUUGUUAGAUUAAAAUAUACAACAAGUCAUUCAUUACCAAUUUGUCCAAUUGGUUCAAUUUUAGUUAAACAAGUUAUUUGGAAACAAAAUUCAUUAUCAAAUUUAAUAAAACAACAAUCAUCACAAAAAAUAUAUUCAGUUGAACAAAUUAAAGAACAAAUUAAAGUUUGGUCAAAUAAUAAUUUAUCAAAUAAUCAAAGAUAUCCAUUAUUAAAUGGUUCAAUAGUUUCAAUUAAUUCAAAUUUAGAUUUAUCAUUUAAUUUUAAUAAUUUAACAUCAUCAAUUAUUCCUCCUACAUCAUCAUCAUCAUCAUCACCUUCAAAUAAUUUAGAUUCUCAAAGAUCAAAUAAUAAUAAUAACAAUAUUAAUAAUGAUCAAUUAAAUGAUAUAACUAAUAAUAUGAAUAAUCCAUAUUUAUCAAGUAUUCAACAAAUUGGUGAUAUUAUGUCAAAUUUAAAUACUAAUAAUAAUCAAAAUAAUCAAAAUAAUAAUUCAAAUAAAUUAAUGAAUCAAUUUCAAAUGAAUAAUGGUAUAUUUAUGUUAAGUUUAGAAAUUUUAUCAAAUGAUAAAUUAUUAAAGAUUGAAAGUGGUGGUAAUAAUUCAAUUGAAAAAAAGAAAUCAUUAGAGGAUUAUAAUGAAAUUGGUGAUAGAUUAUUUCAAAGAAUUGGUGGUAUGGAAAAACAAAUUAAACAAGCUAAAGAGUUUUUAUCAUUAUAUAUGUAUAAAGAUUUAUCAGUAAUACGUGAACAAUUAAAUACACCAGGUGUUAAUGGUAUGAUCAUUGCAGGUAGUCAUGGUAGUGGUAAAUCGUUAUUGGCAACUUCAUUGGGUGGUUAUUAUUCAACAGAUUCAAGAUCAAAUGCUUUCAUUAUAAAAUUAGAUUGUAAUCAAUUAAAAGAAUUAAAAGUUGAAAAUAUAAGAAAACAAUUUAAUAAAUUAUUUUAUAAAUCUUGUAAAGAAAGUGGUAAUACUUUAUCAGCAACCACAUCAACUAAUACUACGCCACCACCAAUAAUAAUAAUUUUAGAAUCAUUAGAUUUAAUAUUGGGUACACCAAAUGAUCAAGAUCCAGGUUCAAAAAUUAGAUGUGAACAAUUAGUAUCACAUAUUAAAUCAUUAUGUUUUAAAUAUCAAAAUAGGUCAAGUCCAAUUGUUAUGAUUGCAACUGUAAUCUCAUCACAAUCAUUAUGUCAAUCAAUUCAAAUACCAGAAUUAUUUGGAUUAACAAUCGAAUUACAAGCACCAACAAGAGAAGAACGUGUUGAAAUACUUGAAAGAUAUUUAAAGUAUCAAGGUAAACAAUUAAAAGAUCAACAAUCAUUAAAUUUAAUGAAAUUCUCUGCUUCUAUGGAAGGUUAUUUAGGUUGUGAUGUUGAACAAAUUGUUGAUCGUUCAAUACAUUUAUCUUCAAUUAAAGAGAUUGAAAAUAAUAAUAAUAAUAACGAUGAUAAUGAUGAUGAUAAUAUUAUUGAAUUUUCAAUAAUUGAAAAAGCAAAAGAAGGUUAUACACCAAUAACAUUGAAAGGUAUAAAAUUACAUAGUUCAGAGAUUAAAUGGCAAGAUAUUGGUGGAUUGGAUUCAGUUAGAGCAAUGUUAAAGGAAACUAUUGAAUGGCCAACUAAAUAUCCAAAAUUAUUUCAAUCAUCACCAUUACGUUUAAGAUCGGGUAUUCUAUUAUAUGGUCCAACUGGUUGUGGUAAAACUUUAUUGGCAUCUGCAAUCGCCGGUGAAUGUGGUUUAAAUUUCAUCUCUGUAAAGGGACCGGAAUUGUUGAAUAAAUAUAUUGGUUCAUCCGAACAAGGCGUUAGAGAUGUUUUCUCAAGAGCAUCUUCUGCAAAACCUUGUGUUUUAUUUUUCGAUGAAUUCGAUAGUAUUGCACCACGUAGAGGUCACGAUAAUUCUGGUGUCACUGAUAGAGUGGUAAAUCAAUUCCUCACUCAAUUGGAUGGUGUUGAAGGGUUAACUGGUGUUUAUGUUUUGGCAGCAACUAGUAGACCUGAUUUAAUAGAUCCUGCACUACUACGUCCUGGUAGAUUAGAUAAAUCAUUAUAUUGUAAUAUACCAGAGUUUAAUGAACGUUUAGAUAUUCUAACUUGUUUAAAGAGUAAAAUGAAUUUAUCACCAUCAAUAUCUCUUGAACAAUUGUCAACAAAUACUCAAUAUUACACUGGUGCUGAUUUAAGAGCAUUAAUGUAUAAUGCUCAAUUAAAAUCAAUUCAUGAAUGGAUGAAUCAUUUAGAAGAAGAAAAGAAAAGAAAAAGAAAAGAAAAAGAAGAUCAAUCGAAUAAAAACAGUUCUCAACAACAAGAUGAUUUUAUUAUAUUUCAACCUAAAAAUAAUGAUAAUUCAAUUUCAAAAUCAAAUUUAACAUUUGAAGAAAAAACAAAUCUCCAAAAACAAAUUGAUACUAUUAAAUCUCAAUUUAUAAAUUCAAAUACCUCUACUUUAAAUAAAUCAAAUUUAUCAAAUGAACAACCACCAUUAAUAACUCAAUCUCAUAUUGAUUUGGCUUUGAAAGAAUCUUCACCAUCUAUCUCUGAAUCUGAAAGAAAAAAAUAUGAAAGAAUUUAUAAUAAUUUUUUAAAAGAAAGAGGAUCAGUCACUGGUAACAAGAAAGAAGGAGUACCAAAACAAACAUUGGCUUAA